GUGGAGACCAGACCUGACGGCGCGAGGCUAGAGGACGCCAUGGCAGGCCUGAGGUACAGUGUAAAAGUCUUUGUCCUGAACGAAGGCCAGGAAUGGAACAAUCUAGGCACCGGUCAGAUCUCAUCCACCUACGACGAGCAGUUCCAGGGCAUGUCGCUGCUCGUUCGGUCAGAUUCAGAUGGGUCAGUCAUCCUGCGGUCACGGAUACCUCCAGACAGGCCCUAUGGGAAAUACCAAGAGACACUAAUUGUUUGGUAUGAAGCUGAGAACCAGGGUUUGGUGCUACAUUUCCAGGACCCAGCCGGCUGCCAGGAUAUUUGGGAAGAAAUUUGCCAAGUUCAAGGUAAGGAUACGUCUAUCCAAACCACAGAGAACAUUUCAGAUGAAUCAGAAGAAGACUUUAAUGAAAUGUCAGUAAUUAGUAAUACGGUUGUGCUGCCUGACUGUGAACUCAAUACACUUGAACAAAUUGCUGACAUAGUUACCUCGGUUCUCUCCUCACCUAUUACGGAUAGGGAAAGAUUGGCUGAGAUCUUGAAAAAUGAGGCUUAUAUUCCAAAACUACUGCAACUGUUCCACACUUGUGAAAACCUAGAGAAUACUGAAGGUUUAUACCAUUUGCAUGAAAUUAUCAAGGGAAUUUUAUCCCUCAACGAGGCAUGUCUGUUUGAGAUAAUGUUUUCUGACGAGUGUAUCAUGGAUGUGGUGGGAUGCCUUGAGUAUGACCCUGCUUUGGAUCAGCCAAAAAGGCAUAGGGACUUCUUGACCUACGAUGCAAAGUUCAAGGAAGUUAUACCAAUAACUAACUCUGAACUUAGGCAAAAAAUACAUCAGACAUACAGAUUACAGUACAUUUAUGACAUUCUUUUGCCUGUGCCUUCCAUAUUUGAAGAUAAUUUUCUUUCUACACUUACAACUUUUAUUUUCUCCAACAAGGCUGAGAUAGUAAGCAUGCUGCAGAAAGAUCACAAAUUUUUGUAUGAAGCUUUUGCACAGUUAAAGGAUGAGACUACACAUGAUGAUAGACGGUGUGAAUUGCUAUGUUUUUUCAAGGAAUUAUGUUCAUUUUCUCAGGCAUUACAGCCUCAAAGCAGGGAUGCACUAUUUGAAACGUUGACACAGUUGGGAAUUCUUCCUGUUCUUAAAAUCGUAAUGAUCAGGGAUGAUUUGCAAGUAAGGUCAGCUGCUGCAGUUAUAUGUGCUUAUCUGGUGGAGUACAGUCCAUCUACGAUCCGAGAAUUUAUAAUUUCAGAAGCUCAGGUGUGCAAAGAUAGUGACCUUUUCAUUAAUGUAAUAAUUAAACAAAUGAUCUGUGAUACUGAUCCUGAGUUAGGAGGUGCUGUUCAUUUGAUGGUAAUUCUCCAUACUCUACUUGAUCCACGCAACAUGCUGACAACACCUGAGAAAAGUGAAAGAAGUGAAUUUCUACAUUUCUUCUACAAACAUUGCAUGCAUAAAUUUACAGCACCACUUUUGGCCGCCACCUCAGAACACAACUGUGAGGAGGAUGAUAUAGCUGGAUAUGACAAAAGCAAAAAUUGCCCCAAUGAUAAUCAAACAGCACAACUGCUUGCUUUGAUAUUAGAGCUACUUACAUUUUGUGUACAACAUCAUACAUACUACAUAAGAAACUAUAUCUUGAACAAAGACUUGCUAAGAAAGGCCUUAAUAUUGACAAAUUCAAAGCAUACUCACCUGAUUUUGUGUGCUGUUCGCUUUAUGAGAAGGAUGAUUGGCCUUAAUGAUGAAGCUUAUAAUAAUUACAUCAUCAAGGGAAAUCUUUUUGAGCCAGUUGUAAAUGCUCUUCUAGAUAAUGGAACUCGGUACAAUAUGCUGAAUUCAGCUAUUCUUGAGCUAUUUGAGUACAUAAGAGUGGAAAAUAUCAAGUCUCUUGUUUCACAUAUAGUUGAAAAGUUUUAUAACACACUUGAAUCGAUUGAAUAUGUUCAGACAUUCAAAGGAUUGAAGAUUAAAUAUGAAAAAGAGAGAGACAGACAAAGUCAAACACAAAAUAAUUUAUAUUCUGUACUGCAAAAUAUGGUAGUUUUCAGAGGUACCAUAGAAGAAAUUGAUCUGCAAGAAGAAAUAUGUUUUAUGGAAGAUGCAGAAGAAACCAAAAGAACCCAAGAAGGAGAAGCAGUUAUGCCACCACUGGAAGAUGACGAUGAAUUUAUGGAGACCAAAAGAACCCAAGAAGGAGAAGCAGUUAUGCCACCACUGGAAGAUGACGAUGAAUUUAUGGAGACCAAAAGAACCCAAGAAGGAGAAGCAGUUAUGCCACCACUGGAAGAUGAUGAUGAAUUUAUAGAGACUAAAAGAACCCAAGAACAUGAAGACAAGGUAGACUCUCCCAAAAGAACAUCUUCUGGUGACUUCAAAUUCUCUUCAUCUUAUUCUGCUUGUGCUGCUAUUGGAACAGGUAGCCCAAGUGGUAGCAGUGUGGUUCGUUUAGUGGAUCAUCCAGAUGAUGAAGAAAAAAAAGAAGAAGAUAAACAAGAUGAAACAUCCCACAAGAAGAAACCUCGUCUUAGCUCCUAA